AUGGACAGUUCCCGUCUGGCUGUUUUGGCUUUUCCACCGAGUUACUCCCACAUGUUCCUACAUGUUGUUCCAUUCCCUCAUAUUGCCUCUGUCAACUUUUUGUAUGUUUCUGGAUCACAGAUUUUGAAAUUGCCUUCUAAAAACUUACUCAAAUUUUGAACGUCCGCGAAGUAUUCUUCAACUCCUUCAAAAAAAAAAGCGUAUCGUCGCACUAAUUCUAAUUUUUUGAGAUCAGGUACGCAUUAAAAUCCCUUUCUUCGGCUGACCAGAAAAAAAAUCUGAGAAAGCAAGACUUUUCGUUUUCUUAUAUUCAAAACUUCACAGGAAAGGUUAAGAUGUCUGCGUAGUAUUUUUGACAGUGAAAAGAAAAUAAAGUUUUUUUUUUCGAAAAGUGUGAAAAUUCGUACUUGCGAAAACCUGUUUCUUUUUUUUUCGUAUGACCCUUUGUGUACUUUGAACUCAAAAAACACUUCCAAGAAGAGGAAAUCUGUCGUUUUUUGUUGAAUUCGUCUCGAAAUUGAUUGAUGCACUUCCUUUUCAACUUGUGAAUUUUGCAGGUUUUGGCACUUCGCAGUCUCCGCACAAGUUUCCACUCGCGGACACGCUCUCCAGGAGACGUUUUGCCAAUUCUGCGUCGAAAGAAAACCUCUGAAGGUGAAUAAUCUGCACAACGAACAACGUGAGGCCGAUAGACUCUGCGCGUGUGGAACGAAUGACCUGUUAGGCCCGAAACUGCCCUGCGCACAUCCAAAAAAUUGGGCGCGAAUUCCAGAUGUGUCGACCGGACUAUUGUUUCCCAUAUCUUCCUUUACUGCGAUCUUUCGCCUGUUCUUUUCGAUUUGAGAUUUUUCUUUUAGUGAAGCCGACCCUAAUUUUUUCAGAUUGACGCAAAUCAUCAUUCUGUGAUUUGAUUUUUUGCGUAUUUUCCAUAAUUUCUUCGAUUUUGGAUCGUUAAAGAAAAUGUGAGAAAAUUUCGAAAAACAACUAUUUUUUUUGCAUCAGAAGCUUCGAAUUUUAUUAUUUUUGCGUAUGAGUUUUUUAACUUGUCUCCUUUGGUUUUCUUAAACUUUCAAAAAUCCUGAAAACAGAAAAAAAUUAUAUUUAGAGGGUAGUAGGUUAUGAAAACAAAAUCAAGAGUUUAAUAUAACUAGUGGCUUACUUUGAAACUUUUUCUUGCCAGCAAAAUUCCAAAAAAAAGCUCUUAUUAGAGGAUUCGAUUAUUUAUCGUCUACUGAAUAUCCUCAAUAUUUUCAAUAUUUGAAAUCAAAGUUGCGACUUUAUUUGUUCAGGCCAAAUCGAACGAACCACACGCACACAAUGGUAGACGUGAACACGACACUACGUGAAAAUCCGUUUCUUAAGGUAAAAUCCUUCCUAUUUUGUGCUUAAUUUGGAUGAUUACCUAAUUAACCUUGGAUUUUCAGAAUGAUAACUGUUCACGGAGGAUUUUGCGUAGACCUCCGAUCAAGUACAAAAACGACAAGAAAGGUAGCUACCGAUUUUUUGAGACUAUUUCUUCUUGAAGUUGAUCGAAAGAAUUCUAAACAAUCAAAAAAUCACGGUAAAAAGUUUGGUUGUCGCCUGAAUCUCGAACCAAAACCAACAGUGAGUUUUUGACAAGAAACUUGAGUUUAAAUUCGUCGUUUUUUCUUACUGCGAAAUGGGAAGAAUGUUAGUGUGCACGUAUUCGAUAAACAGCAAUGAGCGCUAUCGUCGCUUAUCGCUUUGGGUUUUAUCGUCCCAACUCGCCCAAUGGCAAACUGACGCCAUGUUGCCGCCCGAGCAUGAAGUCCUUCUUUCCUCAAACUCUCUUAUUUGUAUGACCUUUUUAUUUUUGGAAUUCUAAAUUUUUUUAUUAAAUAAUAAACUUUCCGGUCUUUGAAAGACGCUACUUCUUUGAGAAAAACUCAAUUCAUAUUCAGUAGCUCAAAAAGAAUACUUGUGCAUUUACACUCAAGAGCGGAAAAAAACUUUCGAAGGACCAUUCUUAUGAGGUCAAAAUUCAGAGAAGCUUUUCCUUUUUAGGUCUUCUUCUUUUUCGCGAGAAAAAAAUAUUACCAAAAACUUUCUGAUUCCAGUCUCUAAAAAAUUGUUUUCAAUAAAAUCGAAGGAGCAAAAUUUUUGAAAAAUUUGAAAAUUUUGAAACGGCUUUGUCGCAAUUAUUAAAUAGAGUUCUACCUACGCUACUCUAAAGAUUUUGCACGCUUUCUCAAAUUAAAUUUAUCUCAGGCCCAUUGUAAUUUUUUUUUCCGAACGAUUUGAAUUGGUAGAUCGUCACCUUAUUGUUAACAUGUCCUCUGUUGUAGCUUCCGUGUCAAUUUUGCUCUUGUCUAUUUAGAAAAAAGUUAUGACUCAUCAGGAACCUGUCCAAGGUUUCCGUAUUUCUAGAGAGGAUCAUUUUUAGUUACGAAACUUUGUUCAAACUUGAUUUCUCUUACCUAUAUAGGCAACAGUUUUUUCCUGUCUUAUGCUCAAAUGAAUCGUGUAGACAUGUAUUUUUAUCAAAGAAAAAGCGUAUUUUUUUCAUUUCUUUGCCCUUUUCAAUUUAAAAAAAAAAAAAUUUUCUUGAUCAAGUUUUUCUUUACUACAGGCAGUUCUCUUCUUGGGUCCAAAAUGAAAAACGCCAGAAAACUGUGGCGAUAA